CCACACGCCAAACCGGCCUGCCUCGGCUCAACAGGGGAGGUAAGCGCGGCUGUUGCUGAAGCUCCUGCUCUCGCCACUAGCAUUUUUCACCAAUGUCGACCUAAAAGAAGAGCCACCGGUCACUUUCGGCGGCGUAUUUUGGGAUACUGCUUCUGCACACAGUUUGCCGGUGUUUACUACAGAUUUCAUUGUACCAACGUUAGCUAACGGCUGCUUGGCACAAAGGCACCUACUAGCCGAUGUCGGCUAACUGAAACUAGCUCUUCCCGUGAGGACAUCCUACCGUACUCGGGUUAAUCUCUGCUGACUCGCUGCGUGUGAUGUGCUAGUUGUUUUGUGUUAGCCGUUUACUUAUAACUCAAGUCAAGUGGUUCUGUUUGCAGUCGCCACUCAUGACUACGGCAGUUAAAGCAGCGUUUCUGCAUAGCUGGCUUGUUGGCUGCAUGUUUUCCAGCUAGCCGCGGCACAGCUUCGGUUCUGGGGAUGGUGGCGGUAGCAAAACAAGCUAACGCUCCUCCGUCUGUGUGAAGAAGUGAGCGCAAGAAGUGAGGAAACAUCGGAGCCAAGUGGGAGUUCUCGAUUUGGUGUAUGUUAAUUGUAAAUCCGGGCUGGAUGACGCUACGACGGACCUGACAAUCAUUGAACACGACUCAGCUGAAACUGGGAAUAUCGCUAACAGAUUGGAGGGAUUAUUUUUGUGUCUCUAAGUGGAUUUCGGCCUCCUGUUCGGGAUCGUCGUGGGAACACAGUCAGUGUUUUGACAUUGAGUGAGCCCGAAAAAUAUCCUCUCCCCAGCGACCUUCCCCCCUGCUUCACCCUCCGAUGCGGAGAUUUCAGUAGCACCGGCAACCAAAUCCCCCACGGCGGCCGGACAUGCUGAAGUGUAUCCCCCUGUGGCGCUGCAACCGCCACGUCGAGUCGGUGGACAAGCGGCAUUGCAACUUGCAGACGGUCCCUGAUGAAAUAUUCCGCUACAGUCGCAGCCUGGAGGAGCUUCUCCUUGAUGCCAACCAACUCAAAGAGCUACCAAAGCCUUUUUUCAGACUACUGAACCUACGGAAGCUCGGCCUGAGUGACAAUGAGAUCCACAGACUCCCUCCUGAGGUGGCCAACUUCAUGCACCUGGUGGAAUUGGAUAUCUCCAGAAACGACAUUCCUGAGAUCCCAGAGAGCAUUAAGUUUUGCAAGGCCUUGGAAAUCGCAGACUUCAGCGGAAACCCCCUCUCCAGAUUGCCGGAUGGUUUUACUCAACUCCGAGCGCUGGCUCACUUGGCACUCAACGACGUGUCAUUACAGACGUUACCCGGCGACAUCGGAAAUCUGGCCAACCUGGUGACGUUGGAGCUCAGGGAGAACCUGUUGAAGUCUCUGCCCACGUCGCUCUCCUUCCUGGUGAAACUGGAACAGCUGGACCUGGGCAGCAAUGAACUGGAAGUUUUGCCGGACACCCUCGGCGCGCUCCCCAACCUGAGGGAACUGUGGCUCGACCGUAACCAGUUGUCCUCAUUACCACCAGAGCUUGGAAAUCUCCGGAGAUUGGUGUGUCUGGAUGUGUCAGAGAAUCGUCUGGAGGAGCUUCCCUCAGAGCUGAACGGCCUCCUGGCUCUCACAGACCUGCUGCUCACACAGAACCUGCUGGAGGUCAUCCCAGACAGCAUAGGCUGCCUGAAACAGCUUUCCAUCCUGAAGGUGGACCAGAACAGGCUAACCCUCCUGACAGAUUCAAUAGGAGAGUGUGAAAACCUCACAGAACUCGUCCUGACCGAGAACCUUUUACAGUCACUUCCACGCUCGCUGGGCAAGCUGAAGAAGCUGACGAACCUGAAUGUAGACCGCAACCGGCUGGGCAGCGUGCCCAAAGAGCUGGGCGGCUGUGCCAGUCUGAACGUUCUCUCGCUGAGAGACAACCGCCUGGGCAAACUGCCUGCUGAGCUUGCAGAUGCCACUGAGCUGCAUGUGCUGGACGUGGCUGGAAACAGAUUACAAAACUUGCCUUUUGCCCUGACCAACCUCAAUCUAAAGGCCAUGUGGCUCGCAGAGAACCAGUCGCAGCCAAUGCUCAAGUUCCAGACGGAGGAUGACGAGCGAACGGGAGAGAAAGUGUUGACGUGCUAUUUACUCCCCCAGCAGCCUUCCCCAAGCCUAGAGAACCUGCUACAGAACAGUGUAGACGACAGCUGGACAGACAGCAACCUGAACCGAGUGUCAGUCAUUCAGUUCCAGGAGGAGACCAAGGCCGAGGAGGAGGAUGAUGAGGCUGCUGCAGAGCGAAGAGGCCUGCAGCGCAGAGCCACACCACACCCCAGUGAGCUAAAGGUGAUGAAGAAGGUGAUCGAGGAGAGGAGGAAUGAAGCCUACACAUCCAGACCUGAUGGGGAAGAUGAGUCCCUUAACCCACAGGAGAAGCGGCUCAGUGACCUCUCCAAUCAGAGCCACGACUCCCAGGUGUCCAACAGCACGCUGUCGGCCACCUCCCAUGAGGACAGACAAAAUGUGACGGUGGUCUCACAGAAGGAGGAUCUCGUGGACGGCCAUUCCCCUCAUGAGGAGGAAGACCUGGAUGAGAUGGAGGUGGAGUACAUUGAGCCCACCGUGCACUUUGCAGAAGAACCCAUCAUCCGCGGCGGCGACGAAGACGACGAAGAGGACGGCGAGAGGACCGACGAGGAGGACGAGAGGCCGGCUUUCCCCGCGGAGAAGCAGCGUCUGAUCAGGAAGGACACGCCGCACUACAAGAAGCACUUCAAAAUCACCAAGCUGCCCAAGCCCGAGGCCGUGGCCGCUCUGCUGCAGGGCUUCAACCCCGACGGCCUCAACUCUCAGGCCGCCGAGGACGAGCAGGACGACGAGGAAGAGCAAAGCGUGGGAACCCCUCAACACCACCACAGAAUAGAGGAGAUGGAGGACGGCCGGCAUCAGGUCAACUCCAGUCAAGUAAAGGGGGUGUCAUUUGAUCAAGUCAAUAAUCUGCUGAUUGAACCUGCUCGAAUUGAGGAGGAAGAGCACACUCUGACCAUCAUGCGACAAACAGGCGGCCUGGGAAUCAGCAUCGCUGGUGGGAAAGGAUCUACGCCUUACAAGGGAGAUGACGAGGGAAUCUUCAUCUCCAGAGUAUCUGAAGAGGGUCCUGCAGCCAGAGCCGGGGUUAAAGUUGGAGACAAACUCCUCGAGGUAAACGGAGUAGACCUCCACGAAGCAGAACAUCACACAGCGGUGGAGGCUCUCCGUAGCUCCGGUGCUACAGUUUCCAUGACGGUGCUGCGGGAGCGAAUGGUGGAGCCGGAGAACGCCAUCACCACCACGCCGCUGAGGCCCGAGGACGACUACUUCCCCCGGGAGAGACGGAGCAGCGGCAUCGCCUUCAACAUGGAGAACAGUCCCAGCGGGCCUCGGCAGAGGUUCUCCACCUGCCUGAUCCGCAACGACAAGGGGUUGGGAUUCAGCAUUGCAGGGGGGAAAGGCUCCACGCCGUACCGCACAGGAGACAUGGGCAUCUACAUCUCUCGGAUCGCAGAAGGUGGAGCGGCCCACAGAGACAGCACACUGAGAGUAGGAGACAGGGUGAUCUCCAUCAAUGGUGUAGACAUGACAGAGGCCAGGCAUGACCAGGCAGUAGCGCUCCUUACCGGCACCUCCCCCACCAUCGCCCUCCUGGUGGAGCGAGACCCGAAUGCACCAGGGGGCUCUCCAGGUCAGUCUCGGGCACGAGCCCACUCCCCUCCACCUCCAGAACCCUCAGAGUCUCCGGACCAGGAGGAGGACGGCCUAUCGCUUCACGGGAAUCACCUGAGCCGGAUGGAGGACGAGUAUCCCAUCGAGUUCCAGAGAAGGUGGUGCAUGGAGGUGACCCUGGUGAAGUCCGGCGGCCCUCUCGGCCUGAGCAUCGUUGGAGGCAGCGACCACGCCAGUCACCCCUUCGGCAUCAACGAACCUGGGGUGUUCAUAUCAAAGGUGAUUCCUCACGGUCUGGCGUGCCAAAGUGGACUUCGUGUCGGUGAUCGGAUACUGGAGGUGAACUCCAUCGACCUGCGUCACGCUACGCACCAGGAGGCUGUGCGGGCCCUGCUGGCCAACAAGCAGGAGAUCAACAUGUUGGUUCGGAGGGACCCUUCACCGCCUGGGAUGCAGGAAGUCAUGAUCCAGAAGCAGCCAGGAGAGAAGCUGGGCAUCAGUAUCCGUGGAGGGGCCAAGGGUCACGCCGGAAACCCCUUCGACCCCACAGAUGAGGGCAUCUUCAUCUCUAAGGUGAGUUCGACUGGCGCAGCAGCAAGAGACGGACGGCUGCAGGUCGGCAUGCGUAUCCUCGAAGUGAACAACCACAGUCUGCUGGGGAUGACGCACACGGAGGCAGUGCGAGUGCUCCGAGCUGUCGGCGACUCUCUGGUCAUGCUGGUGUGUGACGGCUUCGACCCACGAAAGGUGGCUGCAGUGGAGGCAUCUCCUGGCAUCAUUGCCAACCCGUUUGCAACCGGAAUCGUACGGAAGAACAGCAUGGAGAGCAUCUCUUCCAUAGACCGAGACCUGAGCCCAGAGGAGAUGGACAUACUACAGAAGGAGUCUGAGAUGGUGAGAGAGACGUCGCAGUGGGAGCGAGAAGAGAUGGAGAAAGUGGAGCGAAUGCGCUUGGAGCGUGAGGAGGCAACUCGCCUGCUAGAAGAGGAGACUGAGAACAUUGGCACUGGACCUCUAAAACUUGACUACAAAACCCUGGCUGCCCUGCCCACCACCAGCCUGCAGAAGGUCAACAGGUUCUCUACCUCUGUUACUCUGACUGCUCCCAUGGAGGCCCCCCUGCAGGCCCAGUUCGGAGCCCCUUUAGAGCCCCUCGGCUUCGGGUUGCCCACAAAGCCCCUCGGCCACAUGGACCCUGAGUCCAGUCUGAACACAGACCAUGAUUACCUCCUUGGAUCCCAGUUUUCCCCUAAUGGAACCUCCACCGCUGAGAGUUCAGCCGCUAGCUCGACGUCAACAUUUAUCCCUGAAGGAGGAGAAGAAGAGGAGGAGUGUCUGGUGGACUCUCAGCCUAUCUGCUUCAAAGAAAACCCUUUCUUGGUGGCCAAUCGUAAAGGAAAAGGUCGUCCUCCUGGGGAGCAGAUCCUGUCGGGGCCUCCGGUGGGCUACGGCAGACAAGGCCAGCUGCAGCCCUGGUUGUUCAGCAAGGCUCCUUCCUCUGAUUUCACCAGGACGGACAGCCCCAUCAGGGAAGCACCUUAUUCUCCAACUAUCCAACCGCCCAGCCACCACUCCUCCAACAGCUCCAUGUGUUCAGGCAGGGAGACCCGCUUUGCCAACAUUCAUUACACAUCCACUCCAACUGCCAAGGACAACACUUCAUCAUCUACGCGACCGGGUGCCAUCCAGCCAGUGGGACGUGUGCGGCCGAGCGCCUCCCCUGCCACGCCGGACGGCCACAGUCCCAACCCCUUUCAGCAUGGCCCCUCCCCCUUCAACUCCCAGACCUCUCCUCGCGCCCCCUCCCCCACCUCGCCCGACGAGUUCCCCAUGAAUGUCAAGCAGGCAUACAAGGCGUUUGCCGCCGUGCCUCGCUCGCUCGCAGUGCUGGAGCCGCCGCAGGACCCAUAUGGUGUGAGGAACAAUGUCCACCCAGUACAACCUUCUCCAGAGCCUGAGUUGAACAACGAGGUGUUUGAUGAUGUCACAGACGGUCAGGAGGGAGCCGGCGAGGGUCUGACCGGCAAGGUCUCCCCCCGGCCCUCCCUCACAUCUGACCGUCGGGAGUAUUUAAACCUGGCAGCAGUGCCUCGCUUCUCCAGGCCUUCCAUGGAACUGCAGAGUCCCUCUCCUGGUGGAAAGGACAGCCCAGAGCAGCGCUCUUUCAGGGACAGGCAGAAGUACUUUGAGAUUGAUGUCAAGCAGCAGACACCAGACAAACCCAAACCUCGAGUCUCCCUUGUUGGUGAGGACGACCUCAAGAAAAUGAGGGAGGAAGAAGCGAAAAAGUUUGAGCAGCGAGCGCGGGAGUACCUGUUGGAUGAGGAUGAGGAAGAUGAGGAUGAGGACCUGGCCAAGCAGGUGGCACAGAUGAAGGCCACUGGCAAGGUGCUGCUGGAUGGAGUGGAGUACAAGGUGGAGCCAGCAUCUGGCCCGUCCCAGCACUGCUCCACACCACCAAACUACAACGCAACGCCACCCAGCUACUGUGGCAGCUCAGGGCCCUCCUCAGUUGAUGGUAAAGGAGACUCUCAAAGGAAUUCCCUGGAAGACAGCUUCAGGAUGGAGAUGAGGCCCAACUCCAUGACUGGUCUGAGCCCGGUUUACCCCGGAGAGUCGGCGGCUCCCAUCCGCACAGCCAAAGCAGAGCGCAGACAUCAGGAGAGACUUCGUAUGCAGAGCCCAGAGCUGGCUGUAUCCCCCGACAAGGACCUGUCCCCUGCAGAGAAACGAGCUCUGGAGGCCGAGAAGAGAGCCAUGUGGAGGGCAGCACGGCCCUAUGGCCUAGAGGAGGAUGUUAGGCAGUAUGAGCAGGACCUGGCUAAGAGGCUCUACCAGGCCCGAGUGAGGGCAUCUCAGGGCACGGCCCCCCCGCCCCCCACUUCCUCCUCUGCCUCCUCCUCUGCAGCCUCCCAGCUCAGAAUGAAGUCUCUGGAGCAGGAUGCACUGAAAGCUCAGAUGGUCAUCGCCAAAUCCCGAGAUGGGAAAAAGCGUGGAACACUAGACCAGCUGACGGAGUCGCCUUCGCCUGCCCCGACGCCCUCUCCCACCCCGAUGGAAGAGCUCAGUCCUCGAGGAAUAACCUCACCAGGCAGGCUGUCCCUGUCAUCAAAGAAGUUUGACUACCGACAGUUUGCCGCCAUUCCUUCUUCCAAACCCGUAUACGACAUCCAGUCCCCUGACACAGCUGACGACAUACAGUACAUUGAUGAUGGCUCCAGCAACCCAGGGCCCACUGCGAGCGCUGAGGUUGAGGUUCCCGCCUCGCUGCCUGCCACCUCUGCCCUGGAGGAGAUGGCCCUGUACAGCAACAAACGUAAACUGAGGCAGGGCCGUCGCAGCCUGGAAGCCGCUGUGCCCACGUAGCACCAAAAUAUACACACAUUUACAUUCACUGUGGAACACCGGUGAACAUACUGGUGCGUCCACAGGAGGUGCAGACUCACCGAACACUACACACAGCGUCAGUAGAGCGAGAUUUACUCUCCCAUAUAUAACCACUGCAGAGACUAUGAUGCUAAUAGUCGCCACACAUAGACACUCACUGAUAUCCUGCGUGCCAGUCUUGCCUUUACAGUCUGUGGGUGAGUUGGCAAGUUGUCCCUCAUGGGGGCAAAACAAACUUGUGUGGUUAGCUAGGAUUGCUUCUUUCAGACCAUUCUUCUUUUUUUUGUUCAACAUUCGGUUUGCCUACUAGAAUCUCAUCUAUUUUAACUUGAGGUGAUCAAAGUUUUUAGUUUAGUUUUUUUUUUUUAUUUCUGCGCCUUCAGUGAUUUUGCUGUUUAGAAAAAAACAUACUGGAAGAGAAAAGAAAUGGGUCAUAGCUAUACUAACUUCUUGAAUGAUACUGCUAGGCUUUCAGUGAUUAGACUGUAAAAUGUCUUAUGUUUCUUGAGACUCGGGCGGACAGGUGUGUGUGUAUAUAUAAUAAUUGAAGAGGGAACAUCCUGCUACCUUCAUAGUCACACAUUGUGGAGAGCUUUUAAAAAAAUUAGUACAUAUCAUUUUUGCACUGCCACUCAUCAGCUUUUUAAGAACGUAUAUCUUAACUAAUUUAUUGUUUUUACUGUUUUACUCAAAUCGAAGGCCUUUUUAUUUUAGAUUUAACCCAAUCAGUCCUUUUAGUUUUAAGAGGACAACUGAGGCGUAUCAGUUUAUCCUUUAAAUGAUUCUUUCAAUACAAUUGUGGGUCAAGUUUUCAACUAAUUUUCUGCAUAUCACUUUAUUUUAUUUAAUCUACUUUAUAUACAAUUUUUUACUAGGGUUUUUGAUGCAAGCAUGUCUAUAAAUUAGAUAGUUUGAACAAGGCCUAGUUGUUGCACAUUGGUUUCAUAACAGUAAAGGGUCAUAACAAAAUGCUUGUUUUCCUUGUCUCAGCAGACUUUAAAAGAGCCUCUGUCCACAUUUAUUAACUGUGUUACAUUCCCCUGUAGAGUAUGACUACACUGGAGGCAGCUGCAUUGAGCAGGCUGAGAAUAUUAAUGUUUGGGAACAUGCAUUUUAGCAUCAUUUAUUGAAUAAUGGUACUUACACCCUGCCCUGUUUAGGCCAUUGUAUUUUUUUUUUAAAUCAAUGUGAAUCAUUCAAUUCUAUCCUUACAUUAUCAGGAGGUAAGCCACAGUGAUGUGAAGGUAGCAGGUGUUUUAUUUUUCUGUCUAUGGUUAAUUUAAAUCUGAUGCCACUGAAAAUCAUUUAUUGUGUGAAUAAUGUACAAAUACUGAAAGGAAAACAAAUUUUGGGUUUGAAACUGAGCCAGUCUUGACCCAGACAAAACAAGUGUCUAGACUGCUGAUGCUUCUAGGUUUGGACAGGCUUGGUGCUGGGAUGCGCUCUGCAUGUAUAUUGGUUUGUUAAUGGGAGAGCCGUGACAGGCACAGCCAAUUAGGAAUUUCUCUCAAGACAUUUGAUCUCAUUCAGCUCACAGCUUGACACACUGUCAGUUCAUGUAUCUGACGGGUAUUUCUGCAGAAUCACAGCAUCGUAGCAUUUGUGUUUAAUUUAAUGUAGGGUCUUCUAAUUAUAGCUUUCCAUGUUGCUGUCACUGACUGAAAUUCAGUUUGAUAACAUUUGCAAUGGCUGAGAUCUUUGUUUUUUUUUUUUUUUUUUAACUUUCAGUAGGUAAAUCUUUUUUUUUCAGUUGGGUUUCACUACAUUAUUGAUGCAGUGUUUCAAGUUUCUGUGUUUAUUCUUUUGUCUUGAGUUCUCUUUGGGGGCUUUUACUUGCAAAUAGGUUGGAGGGAAAGGGUCAGAAGUCCUAGGGUCAAGGGUUAUAGCUCAUACAAGACUGUAACUAGUGAAUUUGUACAACCAAAGAAGUCUAUUUUGUGGUUCAGGAAUAAUAAAUUUUACUUUUCAUUUAAGAAGCUGA